AUGUCUAAGAAGCUAGAAUUACCUGAGUGCUACGAAGUGCUGAGACCUAGAGUUGAGAAGACUUUGACCCCCAUUGUCCGUGUCAAGGCGGAGGAAGGCGCUACUGGCAUUUUUGAUAGUAAAUUCGGCGGAAACCCGUACUUCCCCAUUGAUAGCGAGUAUCCGCGCGAUGCAGAUGGGUUUCCAAUGAAAUUACUUGCACAGCUCAAUUUUGAGCAGAUACCACAUUUGGAUGGCUAUCCUACCUCUGGAAUUCUUCAAUUUUAUUUGAGUACUAAAGAUGGGUGUUUUGGAUUCGACUACGGUGGAAAAGUGGAACAUAAAAACUAUCGUAUUCUAUUCUUCGAUGGCGAGCUGAAAGGUGAAGACCAGUUGUUACGUGACUUUGACUUUGUAAAACUGACCGAUGAAGAUGAGUUUCCGCUAUAUACGGGGAGCGAAGCAAAACUCACCUUCACUCCAGAUGAGGAGUACAUGAACCUUCUUGACUUCCGUGUUGAAAAGGAGACUGGAAUGAAGUCAGAUUGGAUUCCUGAACUUGAGGACUUUUACACGCAGAGUUCCGAAAUGGCUAUGAAGCACAAAAUAGGUGGAUAUCCUGGUUUUACGCAAUGUGAUCCUAGGGGCGAAUAUGAAGAGCUAGCUUCAUACACUAAGCUGCUUCUCCAGAUUGACAGCGAUGACGCAAUUGGCUGUGAAUGGGGAGAUGCUGGUGUGGGUAAUUUUUUUAUAACGGAGGAAGAUCUUGCCAAACGGGACUUUUCCAAGGUUUAUUACAACUACGAUUGUUGCUGA